AUGACGAUUACCCCAGAUGAUGUUGUGCAGAUUCUUAGACUCUCUGUCGAUGGCAAAGAUGUCAGGGAUGAGUUCACAAAGUUGUUGGAAUGGCCCAAACUUUAUUCUCUAACUAAAAAGUGUUUGGGUUGGGAUGAAGAAACAUCAACAACUGAGUUCAAAAGAUGCAUGAAAUAUAGAACUAGACAGUUCAACAUGGGUACUCUGAUUGAUAUGUUCAAGGGCACCAAGGAAAAAGAAGAGAAAGGAACUUUAACCGAUGAGAAAGUCAACCACGCAGCUACCGCAUAUCUCUUACGUGUAUUGGGAUGUGUCAUUUUCCCCAAUACCAGUGGAAAUCGGGUCGACGCCAACCUUUUACAACUUCUGGAUCCUCUCGAUAAAGUGCAUGAGUACUCUUGGGGAACGGCAUGCCAUGCGUGGUUGACGAAAGAGUCGAGAAAGGCGUCGAGGCUUGGAAUUAGCCAAGUGGCCGGGAACGUGAGUCUACUACAGACAUGGAUCUACGACCACUUCCAUAUCUUGGGAUUGGCCAUUGAAAACCCGACAUGGGCGAAAGGUGACCCUAGAGGAACAAAGUACGUCUUCGAUGACAACCAUUCUAGGACAAAGGAACAACAACUGAUUCGUUUGAGGGAGAUUUUGGAUGAACUGAAAGCCCAAGACGUAUGCUUUUAUCCAUACAAGGAAGACCGAGCUGAUGGACAUAUCGCGGGUCGAUCAGAUUUGGCUCUUUAUUUUGGACCGUUGUGGCACCCCACAUGA